AUGGACCCUACAGCGACUAACGAAGUGCAAGCUCCCUACCGCCUCACGACUGCUCGAGGAGUCCCUCACGUGGUGACGCCGAUCUGGAACAGUCUCACUGGACAUGUGAACGUUUACUCGAGCGUGCUUCUUGGCGACUGCUAUCACCUCUCGGGAACUCAGACUGCCCAGCUUGUGAACCCCAUCCAAGACGACGGGGUCAUACUCUCGCACCUCCACACUUUUGCCAGUGACACGUCUGCGCAAGAGAGGCUGAUCAGCGCUACGGUCCGAACGUUCACCGAAUCACUCGCUCGUCAAGGAGUGUAUGCGCUGAACAUUCUCUCCUGGUCACUCCAUUCGGACCAGGACCUACAAAAUCUGCAAGACAUGAGGCUGCGGCGCUCUACGGUUCUACACACAGUCGGCCGUGAGUACCACGUCAUCACGUGGAAUGGCCUUGGUGCCAAGCCUACGGUCUACGUGCGCGAUGAGACUGUGAGGAGCCGACUAUCGGACGAUGAGGGAUACAGGCGCAGAUUGAUAUGCUACAUCAGCGGGAUGGUGGCUCAUCACUUCCUCCCGUACGACGUCAAAGACUCGAAACGCCAGGUCAAUACUCGAAUCAUCGAGAAUGGGUUCGAGACGAAGCUCAUCGCCAAUCUUCCCGCGACGCUCAAGAAGAUGUAUGAGGGGAUGUGCGACACACUGCUGGAAGAUACGGCAACCGAAGAUGAGAUGUAUCGCGAUGGACUAUCGAGCAUGGCUUAUGUCAUGGGUCUUGCUCUGGCACAUUGCUGGGAUUCCGGUCUUCGGACUCGGCGGUGGCAAAUUUGCAUGCCAAGAUGUGGCGGUCUGAAUGGCGGAGUCUACACCGAGCACAGCCUUGCAGUGUAUACAUAUAAUCGCGCUCACUGUCUGAUACUUUACUCACAACACCAUCCUACAUUUUUUACGCUCAUCAUACUGUCAGCAAUGUCCAUUCCCAACGACAUCCCACCCCAGUCGCUCACACUCAAAACGCGAGAUGGGACCCUGCACACCGUGGCGGCCAUCUGGUCGAAAGACCACGGUGACCGCCGCGGUGGGCACGUCAGCAUCUACUCAGACCUCCUCGAGGAGUUCAGCCGUCGUACCGGUGUCAGAUUCCCAAGCCAAGUCGCGGGCGCUGAUACGCUGAAGACAUCAGACGACAUAAGUUCCGUCAGAAGGAGGGGUCCGACGGUGGCCGAUCGGUGCGUGCUGAACGACGUAUUCCAGGAUUUCGUGCUGUCGUUCCAAGCGUUGUCUGUGCCAGACGAGGGCCUUCAAAGUUGGUCAUUCCACUCUGACAACGACCUCCAAGCUUGGCUGGACCGGGCGCUUGAGGAUCGCGCCUUGUUGAACGCUUCAUUCACACACUCGGCGAAGGGCCACAACUUCAUUGUCAGGUGGACCGGCUCGUGCGGUGAGCCCACCGAUCCUUCGGACAAAGAUUCCGCGGUGGACUUGACGGGAGACGUGACCGAAAGCGCUGACAGGGGCAACAUCAUUCCCCUGACCAUCUACGCCGACGACAAGGCAGCCUCGGCGCUGGGAAAUGAAGUUGGCGUUGCGCACACGCAGGACGUCAUCGAUGCUGUGCGCUCUUUGAAGACCUACAUUUGCAAAAGGCUCAAAGAAGAUGCCCUCGGUAUCGACAAGUACUUUACCGCUGAGCAACUCGCCAAAACGGUGCUCGGACUUUUGAGCUCAGCGACCAAUGCCCUGAGCUGUACGCCCGGAAGUGGAUACUGCGUCUCUCACACCGCUAGUCGUAUCAGUACCUAUCACUUGUCCGAAGCGGCGCAUCUCAUCUUAGUAAAUCUGCCACCCGGUGGCGACACCGACCAUGUCAGCUUCCCAGCUGCUUCGCAGGCGAAAGAACGUGCCACGGCCUCUGUUGCCCCUGCGGCCUGCUACGUGUCGCAGGCUGUGAUGACAACUCCGCUCUGGACUUUGUUAGUCAGCGAGGGCUUCCAAUGGCCUGGCUUGCCAGGUCUGGGCAGUCCGAUCCAAGCUGCUCUCUUCCCCUCGAUUUCCAAUACAACACAAUGUCAGUCCCGGUCGGAAGGCACCGAGAUCGACAAUUCUUCUACUCGAUCACACCCCUCUCAAGCCCUGAUUGACGCCUCCUUCACCCAUUCCAUCGGCGAGCACGUACUCGUGAUCACCUGGAACGGAGUACCUACCGCCCGGACUGUCUACGCCGAUGAUGAGAUUGAUGCGAGACUGAAGGACACAAGGGGGCCGGAGGCCACAAACUUGCGGAACUACAUCUGCAGCAUGGUUAGCAACCUUUGGUCCAACGAGAACGGCAGUGACAUCACCCGAGUACAGCUCGACCAGGGGGGGUUCGAGGUCAAGUCGCACAAGAAUCUUCCGAAGGAGCUUGUACCCAUGUGGCACGAAGUGGAGGCCUUUCACAAUGAAAUACUGCUUCGACCCACAUCGAUAGCGUUCACCGGAUUAACCCUGAUUUGGAUCAUGGCUUGGUUGACUGACCGCAAAGUAUUCACCUUGUUGCAGCUUUCAUGCCCUGCCAUUUUGUGUGGUGAACCUGGAAUGCGAUUUCUUGACCACAUGUCUUGGCCAGACGAUGGUCUGGGUCCCAAUGCGCAGCCACCCAAUGUCUCUCGACCUCCUGCUGCGUUUACUACCUAA